UUAUUCUAAAUGCACAAAAUGAGUGUUAAAUCCGAUUUAAAUGUUAUUUUAGCAUGAGAAUUGUUGGUUUUUUGUUAAGAAAGUGUGUUUUGUUUUGAAAAUUUUGUGAAUAAAACGAACAAAAUGGGUUUGGAUUUUGAUCCAAUCGAUUAUUGCCGUACAUUGGCACGAGCACCAUCACCAUACAAGUGUCCAGUGGAAAAAUGCAAUAAAUCAUACAAAUCAAUUUAUGGUUUACAAUAUCAUUUGGUUAACUAUGAUCAUGAUACGAGACAACAAAUAACGCCAGUUCGAACACCGGCACGAAAACAAAAAACAUCACCGGUCGCUGCAACAGCCGGCGGCGGUGGUUUAGCCAAUUUUGGUUCGCCAAAAGAAGGUUUAACAUAUUUAGAAGCACAACAUGUGGUUCAAUUUGAAAUUGAUGGCAAAUCAAUUAAAGUUUCUACGCUUGAUCCGAUACCAAUGAUUGAAGCGGAAGACUAUGAAAAAUUGGUGGAAAAAGGUGAAGCACCAACAUUUGUCGAACCAGAACCAGAACCACAUCUCAAACUUCCCGAAGCCAACUAUAAAAAAGUUGAAAACUACUCUAUUUGCGACGCACCACAAAGACCAAACGCAUACAUCAGAUUCAUUGAAAAAAGUCCAGAAGAAUUGGACGGCGAAAUUGAGUACGACGUAGAUGAAGAAGAUGCAAUUUGGCUUGAACGAAUGAAUAAUGAACGGGCCGAGACUGGACUAACUGCCGUUCCAAUGUACACACUCGAAGUUUUGAUGGAUCGCUUGGAGAAAGAAUCGUAUUUUCAAACAACAAACGAUCAAGGUGGUGCUGUUGUUGAUGCCGAUGCUGUUUGUUGCAUUUGUUUGGACGGCGACGCCACCAAUACCAAUUUCAUUUUAUUUUGUGACAGAUGUAAUUUGGCAGUACAUCAAGAUUGUUAUGGUGUACCGUACAUUCCAGAAGGUCAAUGGUUGUGUCGUCGUUGUUUACAAAGUCCCAGUCGUCCGGUUGAUUGUGUACUGUGUCCGAAUACGGGCGGUGCAUUCAAGCAAACCGAUCGAAAUCAAUGGGCGCACGUUGUUUGUGCACUUUGGAUACCAGAAGUUCGAUUUGCAAAUACAGUUUUUCUGGAGCCAAUCGACUCGAUUGAAACCAUUCCGCCGGCACGUUGGCGCCUUACCUGUUAUAUUUGCAAACAAAAAAUGGGAGCCUGCAUUCAAUGUCAACGUAACAGUUGCUAUGCAGCUUUCCAUGUGACCUGCGCCCAACAAGCUGGAUUAUACAUGCAUAUGGAUACAGUAAAAUCGGUAUCAGACGAAUCGAGCCCGGUAACAGUUCAAAAAAGUGCCUACUGUGAUGCACAUUGUCCGGCAGUUACCGGCGGAAAUGAUAGCAUUAGUUUGUCCAGUGCUGAAGCGGAACGAUUGCGACAGCAGUCACGCAUUAAAAUGAAACAAGCCCGUAAAACAUUGGCCAUGAAACGUGAAAGUGUGCCAUUAAUAUUAAUUCCAACGAUUCCACCCGAUCGCGUGCAGCACAUCACAUCGUUAGUUCAUUUCCAUAAAAAGGCUGCGUUCAUUCAAAGACUCAUUGCGUAUUGGACUCUAAAAAGACAACACCGAAAUGGUGUUCCAUUGUUGCGACGCUUACAGAGUCAAGGGCAAAUGCAUCAAAAUCGUGGCAUCGAAGGAUCACCAAAUGCUUCCGAACUGAAUCAACAGUUGAAGUAUUGGCAAUGUUUGCGACAAGAUCUCGAACGAGCGCGUCUACUGUGCGAAUUGGUGCGAAAACGUGAAAAAUUGAAGGCACAUUACAUUCGAGUCGCCGAACAAUCAAUAAUGAUGCAAUUAAAUCCAUUGGAAGAGGCAAUGUCACGACUGCUUGACAACAUUUUCUUAAAAGACGUACAAGAAAUAUUCACCGAACCAGUUGACAUCGAAGAAGUACCUGAUUACACGCUUGUUGUUACACAUCCAAUGGAUUUAAGUACGAUGCGAUCGAAACUUCGCGAUGGAAAAUAUGAUACAUUGGACGAUAUGGAAAACGAUUUCAAUUUAAUGAUUCAAAAUUGUUUGGCCUACAAUAAUAAAGAUACGAUUUUCUAUCGAGCCGGUAUUCGUAUGCGUGAUCAGUGUGGUCCAGUGUUUAAGGCGGUGCGCAAAGAACUGAUUCGUGAGGGUAUUGUUGAGAAACCACAAUCAGAUGAAUCCAUUGCACAUGAAGUUGAUACCGAAUUGGUUGCAUUGCUUGAAAAAGAUUUACCGUACGAAGAAUUGAUUCCAAAAUUACAAGAGCUUAUGGAGAAAUCAUUGCGAAUUAAACAUGGAUUGGUUCGACAAAAACGUGUUAAAAAUGUUAAAGCUGAAAUUAUGAGAGCGAAAAAGCUGUCAAGCCGAGGAGAAAAAUCAAAUCCAAACAGUCCGACAAAAGUUACGCCGAAGAAACGACCACGAUCACCGGCAAAUACAUCACAAUCAGACGAUCUUGAUGAUACGAAUAAAGAGUCAUUGGCACAACCAGUCACACCGUCGUGUAGCCCGAUUAAAAAUGCCAGCAAUAGUGCAUCACCAUCGGGUGUCAAUCGACGCACAGCCGUUUUAUUCACACGAAAAGCCAAAGCAGCAGCCUCGAUAAAAAAGCCUGAAACAACAACCGGACGAAAUUCCCUUGCCACCGAUUCAACGAGUAGUACACCAACUUUGAGUGUUUUCGACAAUAAGCUCACAUCACCAAGUACGUCAUCGUUAGCUGUUCCAUCGACAAGUGCCUCCGCAUCGAUUGGGAUGAGUUGUUGCCAAAAGAAAGUUUCACCAACCAAAGAGCGAUACGUUCCAUCGAGUGUGAUGCCCGACAGUUUCCGAACUUAUCGUGGUCGAGGAAUGGCCCAAUCUUCCGACUCUGAAGACUCGAACAUAAGCCAUAUGCACUCGUGUGAGUGUAGCAGUUGUAGUGGAUCUGAGUUUGGUUCGAGCUAUGACGAUGAAGAUGACGAUUUCUUCAGUGGAAGUGAUGAUCGAGAAGGCGAAGAGAGAGAGAAAGGAAAUCUGAUAAAAUCAUUUGGUACACCGUCCACAGAAGUUUCGCCCUCAAAGAAGAAAUCCGACGAAUCAUCAUCAGGUGGCACAUCUAACAACACAUCAUCCGAGUCUGCGUCCAGUACAAAUGCAAAUCCAUCAACAUCGAGUGAUGCUGAAUAUGAGCCGUUGCAGCUUGUGUGGGCGAAAUGCCGAGGAUAUCCGUGGUAUCCGGCACUUAUUAUCGAUCCAACAAUUCCAAAAGGUUUCAUUUAUAAUGGCGUACCAUUGCCAACCCCACCAAAAGAUGUUCUGGGUUUACGUAAAGAUAAAGUCGAACCAGUUUAUUUGGUAUUGUUCUUCGAUGCGAAACGCACAUGGCAAUGGUUGCCGCCGAAUAAAUUGGAAAGAUUGGGCAUCAGCGACCAGAUUGACAAAAGCAAACUAACGGAGAGUCGCAAACAGAGUAAGGCUGUACGCAAGGCCUACGAUGAUGCUUUGCACUAUAACAGUCAAGUGACGGAUCUGAAUGGUCAAGGACCAGGGGCAAUUGCAUAAAUUAUAUCAUUUUUUUGAUUUUAUAUAUUUGUCUUUAACCCUCUGCUGUGCAAGACCACCUGGAGACGAAAUGAUGAAAUUUAUUUUUUUCAGUAUUUUUUUUCUUCCUAGAAUAAAUAUUUUCAUUUUCUAUUCUUUCACAUAAACGGAAGCUCUUAAUGAAAUACGAUAAAAAUUUUGAUUAACUCUUGAAAAUUCGAAAAAUAUGACCAGCGGAAAAUCGACUUUUCAUUAAUUUUUUUUUUUUGUUGAAUUACGACGUUGAACUCACUCGUAAAAUGAAACACUAGAGGGUUGAUGUUUAUCAUUUUACACGUUAAGUUUCACCAUGUUUUUGCGCUUUUUUUAAACAUUUUCAGCACAAUACAUUUUUUGUUUCUU